UCACUUUGUAGAUUGUAAGAGGGCAGUCUUCGAUGUAAACAAAACGUUGCGGGCGUACUUAAAAGUUGUCAAAUGCGACGUGGAAAAAGUCAAUUUAUUAUUUAGUUAUUAUUUGUGAUAGAUAUUUUAACGAAAAAGAUGACUGCAGUUAAAUUGAACUUGAAGUAUAUCUCCCUGGGGAUUCUGAUUCUACAAACGACAUCUCUUGUACUGACGAUGCGCUACUCUCGCACCGUGCAAGAUGAUGGUCCUAGGUACCUCUCCUCAACAGCGGUAGUUUGUGCGGAAAUCUUAAAGGUGUUAGCUUGUCUUGGACUUGUUGCUUAUCAAGAAGGAGGCAUUUUACAGUUAUGUAACGUUGUUAUGACAGAAAUUAUUGGAAAGCCAUUGAGCACUCUAAAGCUAGCUGUUCCUUCAGGGCUCUAUACUAUUCAAAAUAACCUUCUUUUUAUUGCUCUAUCCAAUCUAGAUGCUGCCACUUAUCAGGUGACAUAUCAACUCAAGAUAUUAACAACAGCCAUGUUUUCCGUUGUGAUGCUACGCAAGUCAUUAAAUUCCAGCAAAUGGAUAGCACUAAUAUUUCUCAUGAUAGGUGUUGCUCUUGUUCAGAUGCCAAGUAAAAGCAAGGAUGAUGAGUUAAAGACUAUUUCAGGAACUAAUCAGAUCUUAGGCCUGUUAGCUGUGAUCUGUGCAUGCUUCUCCAGUGGCUUUGCUGGGGUGUAUUUUGAAAAGAUACUCAAAGGAAGUAAACAGUCCAUCUGGCUCAGGAAUAUACAACUCGGUAGGUAAUUAAAAAAAAAACCUGGUAGUUUAGGAGUGGUUGUUUGCAGAUCUGAUUAUUUAGGGUAUGUUGGGAAUAAACUGGCAAGCAGUGGAUUUUUUCAAGGAUAUAACAAUAUUACAUUUGCUGUUAUUUUACUACAGGCAUUUGGUGGCUUAGUCAUUGCAGCUGUUAUUAAGUAUGCAGACAACAUCCUUAAGGGUUUUGCUACCUCUUUAUCCAUCAUUUUAUCAACGCUUGUAUCAUACUUUGUUCUUAAUGACUUUGUUCCAUCAAUUUUAUUCUUUCUUGGAGGAAGCUUUGUGAUUGGUGCAACCUUCCUGUACAGUCGUGAACCCAAGCCAAAGGUCACGAAAGAAAUGGUUGUAUAAAAGAUUUAAUACCAAACUGUCUGUCCUGUAGAUAAUAUGUUGUUGUAUGGACAACAUGUUUUAUCUUAAUUCAACACUGUGUUGUUUAUUAAUUUUUGUUAUUUAUAUUUAUUUUUACUUCAGGUGAAGGCUGGUUGAUGACUAAUAGUAUUAAUUAUUGUUUAUGGAUUAUUAUAACAAAAUAUUUUGAUCUGAUUUUAUACUAGUUUCUUUCAUAAAAAUAUAAUGCUACUUAUUUCUGUGUUAGCACACAAUAACAUUCCAAAGUAAUAAAACUACAGUAAUUAUGAGUUCUUUUUAUUUGAAAGCAUCAUUAUUAGUGGACGGCAGGUUCACAGAAUAAGGUAUAAAAAGCUUUGCCUAAAGAGGCAGUUUGAUGCAGUAUAAUAGAUUAUUUUUCCAGACUCAAAUUCAGGGUUUCAAUCCCAUGCUGUGCAUUUCAUUUAAGUGUUCAUGCGCAAGGUAUUUUAUCUGCAUUGCUUUUCUUCACCCGGGCACUCAAAGAGGUUGCCUGCUACUGUGCUUACUGCAGUAACACUUAGUAGACUUAAAGACCAGGAAAGGAAAAAAUGCAAGGAAAUGCACUAUACACGCAACCAAUAAUAAGUAACAACAAUUAACAGUAUUAUCAGGGACAGAUCCCGAGAUGGCAAAGGGCAGGGGGGGGGGGGGUGUCAAUCGAGAGACAACACUACCCUUGUGGUUGGGGGUAAUUGUAAGACGCCCGGAAGGGUGGAGGGCUCGGGUCUGGCUCGUCCCCAACAGCUGUUAAUUUUUAAGGAAAAUUUUCUAGUUUUCAAGUGGAAGCUAAUUACUUAGAAUCACUUUAUAAGUGAUUAAUAUAAGGCUCAGCACCUUUGAUCAUUGAUUUAGAAUUGACGGUUAUAAAUGUUCAGCAUUAUAAUCAUUAUUAUUUUUUUAAUUAUUUUUAUUAAGUCUCAAUCAAACAUUUGAUUGUAAUUUUUUAGCUCAUUAUAGACUUUUACCUUAAAAUUGUUAUUAAUAUAUCUCUCAACAUUUCUAUUUCUAUAAGAGGAUGUUUAAAAUACUAUAUAUUCUUGCUUUUGUAUAUACUUGUGUAUACAUAUAGAAGGUUCAUGCUUAUCUGUUUCUAUUUUUCUAAGAACCAUUUCUAUGUAGAUUGUACAAAAAUGUUGAUAAAAAUAUUGUGUAGUAAUGUAUAUGUAGCAAUACCUGGUAUUCUUUUAUACAAUAAUAAAUCUUAAAAUAUGUUCAUAAAAAUGAACAUUUAAACCAAUAUGAUAUAAUAAGCAACAUCAAUAAUUUUAUUCAGGUUGUGUUCAGCAAAUCAAUCGUCAAUGGCUGUUAAGUGUUUUACAUUAAUUUAUUUUACUUGGAAGACACUUUUAAAUCCACUCUUAACCUUUGAUUUUCUUCUAUUGUAUUAUGUUUCAAGAGAAAUAUUAACUAAUAUUUAAUGAACUCCCAAUUAAUUAUUAAUGCAUACUUUUUAUCAAAUUGUUGAGAAUUAAUUGCUUUUGCUCUUCUUUUAUAAUAAUUCCAUAUAGUAUUUUUGUAAAGCUCUGCCUACAUUAUCUAUUUUGAUGUGAAAAUUAUCUUUGAUUUACCCAUAUACUGUAUGGGCAUGAUGAUGUCGUAUAACCCCAUAUGGUAACCAAGGUAAUUCAACAGCAGAACGCACAUCUCCGCUCUCAAACAUAGCGCGUGCGUACAGUCCUUUGAUCUUUACUGUGGCAUCGACAA